AGCAAAGCUUACUGUUGUUCGUGAGGCUGCUCUGUAAAUAUUUCCAAUUUAAGGGCGAAAAGCGUGUAUUUCGUCACAGUACAAUAUAACUGCUUCGUUCGGUCGCAAAUUGGCGACACUGCAGAGUGGUUGUUUUGAUAUGGCCAAUGUUUGUUCUGUACUAGGACUGGUUUCCGGACCCUCGGAAGCCUUUCGACCGUCGUAAACACGGCUGGGAUAUCGAGUGAAAGCAAUUUCGUUAUCGCACUCCCUCUUCAACAAAACUAAAAGCAAUGAACGGAACGAUGGAAAGUGGCGCAAUGCCAAGUGCUCCACUGACACCGGGAUCGGCAGCGGCGUUGAACAGUCUGUCGUUGCAAAAAACGGCCCGUAACUUCAAGCUGCUAGCGGAUCCGUUUCUCCACCGCGGUGCAGCGAAGGUAUAUCGAUACGAUGGAGUUGUCCCGGGCGAUCCAUCCCAUCCGCCGGUUAUUCCUCGCGAUCCACGCAGCCGACGGAUACGAUCCCGAGGGGAACCGCUCGAUAUUCCGGUGCCAAGGUUUAAAAUAGAUCAACAUUACGUGGGUGAACCACCGGCAAUAGAGAUCACGAUUACGAACCUCAAUGACAACAUCGACAAGCCGUUCCUUUCCGAAAUGCUGACCAAAUGUGGCACGUACACGGAGCUGUAUAUCUACUACCAUCCCGUCUCGAACAAGCAUCUCGGGUUGGCGCGAAUAGUGUUCGAGAACGUACGUUCGGCGCGUUUGUGCGUGGAAAAGUUUAACGGCACCUCCGUGAUGGGCAAAGUGUUGAACGUGUUCAAGGAUGCAUUCGGUGAACACUGCAAGCGGUUGUUGGAGGAAAAAACAUCCGAAAAGAAGCCGCCACCACCGCCCCAGCAGCAGCAGCAGCUACCUGCACCCCCGUUACCACCCGGCGUUAGUGCUUCGAAUCAUCAUCUGGCCACGAAACCACCACCUCCGUCCAUACCGGAAUCGCGAGCACAAACGUUGAAACCGAUGCAGUAUCGUAAGGCUCCUCCGGAGCCCAAUACUCCCGAACCGUGGGAUAAGAAAGCGCACGGAGCAACUCUUGGUGAUGAUACGGAACUUUGGGAUGCUGAUCUGUCGGGAAGUGCGGGUAACAGCCAGGACUCGACUUACUACAGCAAGGAAAAACCCGCGGCUCGAAGCCAUUACGAUGACUGGGAAGAUGAAAGCCGGAGUGGUGGAACCAAGUACUACGAGGAAAAGGACCGUAAGCAUCACCAUCACCACCACAAGGGGGGUGAACGGUUGAGGGGAGAGCGCGAUCGUGAAAAGGACCGUGACCAUCGGUACCAUGAACGUGACCGGGAUCGAGACAGGGACAGCUAUCGCGAACGUGAGUGGGAUCAGCGAAGGCAUCGGGAUCGUGACAGACCGCGUGAGCGAGAUCGAAUGCGUGAUCACGAAUAUCGCGAGCGUGAGUGGGACUCGAAAAAGAUUCGUGGCAAAGGUUAUCGUGAAUCGUGGUACGGCGAACCCGGAGACGGAUAUGCGGGCACUAGCGCUCGAUACGAUGGAGGAUACGAUUAUUAUUCCUCCUCGUCGUACCCGGGUGGUUCGGACUAUGGCAUGUACGGUUAUCCACCGGGCGAGGGAGGAAGUUUCGGAGCACCACCACCUCCGUCAUCGUCCAAAUGGGGUGCCCCGCAACCGCAACCGCUGCCACCACCUCCCCCACCGGAAGAGCUGUGGGACGAACCGGCCAAGAAGCCACCACCAGUACCACCGCCUAUUCCGAGUGGCAGCAACAACAGUAGGACGAUCAUGGACGAUGGCGAAUUGUGGGAUACGGAAGCGGCUCCCUCGAAUACUGGCACGAAAGCACCUGCCUCCCAACCGCCAGCUCCGCCGUUGCCCGCAUCAUCAUCGUCAACAUCCGAUGAUCCGUCGAAACCGAUAAAAUCGACCACCACUCCGACGGACGAUGACAGUGGCAGCACUCUCGAUCUAGACACUCGGAUAGCGCUACUCUUCAAGGAGAAAACCUUCGGUGCGGCCUCGUUUUUGCAGCUCAGCGAUGACGAAGAGGAAGAAAAUCGAAAGCAGAGCGAACCGGCGGCCGUCAUCGAAGAGCCGCCCGUUCCAGCAGCGCCGGCGACCCCAGUGGUGAAGGAAGAAGUGGAAGAGCUGGAUCAGCCGCCGAUGGACAUCGGAAGGCCACCAAGUCCACCACAACCGCCUGCCGAACCCGCUUUACCACCGCCUCCACCGGAGGAGGCGGAGGCACCGCCAGAACCGAUCGAAACAAAACCAGUGAAACGUGAGCCAAAGCUGGAAACGUUCAAAGAGGAAGGCGCUAGCGAUAUUUCGUCCAGCGACGACGAGAUCCUGGCGAAGGAUGAGGAAGAUGACUAUGAUGAGAAGCCGUCCACCAGCUUAAUCGAAGGUUCGGAGGAUUCGAAGACGGGCAUACUUCUUCAGCCGGCAGCACCACCACCACCACCACUACCGAGUGAUCCAGCGCCACCAGCUCCACCACCGCCAUCGGAACCACCAGCGGAACCUCCGGGCGGGGCACCUGGUGGAGGAAGCUUUUCCUAUCUGUAUCCAACCGGACCGGGAGGUUACUACAGCUAUGGCCAACAGCAGGCGGCAGUGGCAACGAGCUCCGGCUCGGGCUACUAUCACCAUGGUGGCUACCCGACCGGGUUCCCAGGCACCCCACUGUUCAAUGCGUACGGUAUCCCCGGUGCGGCCACCGGAAUGUACUACCCUUCCGGUGGGAAAAAGGGGUCCGGUUCGUUUGACGAUGGCCAUCACGAUGCGCUCGGCUCGAGUGCGAAGGACUACCGGGGGAGCCGUGGGGCAAAGCGAAACCAGUACGAAAUCGCGAUCGAUUCGGUGGUCGAUCGUGUGGUGGCCGAAUUGAAGCAGAUACUCAAGAAGGAUUUCAACAAAAAGAUGAUCGAAAACACCGCCUUCAAGAAGUACGAAGCCUGGUGGGACGAGGAGGAACGCAAGAGUAAGCUCGGAGGGGAAGGCGGUAAGAGCGGUGUCGCCGGAAUGUUGGAGCCUACCUCCUCCUCCUCAUCGUCGCUAUCGGGGCUGGCGGGGAUUGGAAGCGGUGCAACGACCACGACCAUCGGGGCCGCAGUGGUCAAACUGGACAAAGCCCCUGACAUUAAUCAGCUGCUGAGUCAAAGCUAUGACAACUUGGACAGCAACAGUGGUGGGUUUGUGGGUCUUGGUUUGCGCGCGACCAUUCCGAAGAUGCCCAGCUUCCGGCGCAUACGGAAACAACCGAGUCCGGUGCCGCAGGACGAGGAUUCGCGCAAGAGCGACCAGGAGGACAUGGUGCGGGGUUCGGAUUCGGAAAAGGAAUCGUCGAGUGGACUCACCAGCACCUCCGCCAGUACUGCAGCCCGCUCUCCGUCGAAGGGUGCGAUUGCGGAAGGUGGUUCUGCUGCUGCAUCCACUCCGUCUGUCGUCUCGGGUGUUGCGGGCGUGCUGAGAUCCGCCUCUCGAUCGAGCGAUAAGCGAAUGCCCAGUGUAUCGUCGUUUACGUCCAGCAGUGAAGAGGACGAGGACUCCAGUGCGAGCGAUUCCGAUGACAGUCUCGAGUCCGGAUCGCUGUCUGACGCGGACGUCGUCGUUGGUUACAGUGCCAAGCGGGCGCGGGAGCGACGUGAGCGUGAAAAUCGUAUCUAUUCCGACUCGGACAGUAAUCGGGAGAUCGUGGUUAAGCAUCGUCCUCCGGGGGCUACCGUUUCACCCGGAUUGGGAGGAUCCGCGCGUCGCCUGAAAGAGUCCAGCAGUAAAGUCGGUAAAAUCUACUCCGAUUCCGAUUCGGACGAGAUGAUGACCAGUUCGCCGCGGAAACGGGAGCGCCUACCCUCCGUGUCGACGGAGAAGCGAAGAAGUCGCAGUCGGAGUUCCAGCCCGGUGGAAAAGAAGCCGCCCCCAGCAGUUAUCGAUCCUUCGCAACUUCCCCGGCUUUCGUUGCAGGAACUGCACGAAGAUUUCUCGCCGAGCUCCGGUGAUGAUAUGCUGCUGAGGGAGGAUGACGAUGACGAAACCACCCCUACCCGUCCACCGCCCACACCGGGCCGACGUGAAUCAUCACCGACGGUUCCGGCGGAAGGCGGAACGCCGGUGACGGCUAGUAAUAACAACAACAAAAUCGGCGCUACAAGCCAACAGAAUCAUUCGUCCUCGUCGUACGGUAUCGUGUCCGACCGGAUCUACAGUGAUUCGGACGAGGAGCGUGAGUACCAGGAAAAGCGACGCCGGAAGGCCGAAUAUCUGCAGCAGGUCGAGCAGGAGUACCAGGAGGAGCUGGAGAAGCUGGCCAAAGAGAAGGCUACUCGUAAGACGGCCGGGGAGAAAUCUGCUGCAGCAGCAGCAGCAGCAGCAGCCGCGGCGUCAACUGUUCCGCCUUCCGAUAUGGCAGCCCUGGAUAAGGCUAUACCCCCGACGACAAUCGGCGACCGAGUCAAGAGCCUGGCGUUCACGAGCAGCAAAAUGUCUAGUCUGGAAGAACCGCACACGCCGAAUCUCUCGCAGCCGCCACCCACUCCUGGGGCCAGUUUGGGCGAGUUGCGUAAGGAUCCACUAUCGUCGAUGUUCCCGAUGGUGCACGCAGACGAUGCGUCGGCGGCAAUGGCGGCAGCCAUCGAUGGAAGUCAGCCCAAGAGCGAACCGUCGCCGUCUCCAACGGCAGGUAGGAAAAGGAAGGCCACCGGAGGGAAGGCACCGAAGGCACCGAAGGGCGCUCGGAAAGGGGCCAAAGAUGGGCUCAAUGGGUCCGGGUCUGGAACGACGGCAGCCCACCACCACGAUGAUGGGUUCUACGAGCACCAGGCGGCAAAUCAGCCCAUGGCGACCGGGACAUCAUCGAAUGAUUUCUUCAGCGAAGAGGUUCGUCGUGCAUCGAAGGCAUCGCCGGCUUCCUCGGACGGUAGCUCCAGCCAGGCCAGUCAGGUUGCGCUUGACCACUGCUACUCGCUACCCCCGUCUGCCUCGCCGUCUUCCUCGUCGCCCCACCAGCAGUCGGAUUCAUCGACACCGACGCAAAACAAAUACGCACCCUCCACGGAGCAUAGAGCUCUGGCGCACGAUCAUGGCUACACGAAUAACAACACCGAGGGCGGCAAAGAGGCGUCGGUCCCGAUCGCGGCGGCGGGCGAAGAGCCGAAGCGAACCGAACUGGCUGUGAUGCAACCGCCACCACCGGCGGCGCACAAGGACAAGGAACGGAAACGGCCAGAAAAGCGACCGUCUGACGUGUCGGUCGAUCAGGACGCGAUGUUGGCCGACAGCGCCGCCCUGGAACGGUUUGUGCCCGUGCCGAAGUACCGGCAGCGUGAUAUGCACUCCGAGAUGGCCAUACUGUACGAUUUCCUUACGCGCGGUAUCGACAACGAGGACAUCCGGUACAUCCGGCAGAGCUACGACAUGAUGCUGCUAGACGAUGCGAGCAGCUACUGGCUGAACGCGACGCACUGGGUCGACCACUGCACGACCAACCGGAACUUCGAGCCGGCCCUGCUCGCUCCGCCACCGCACUCGGCCAAGCGGCGCAAAAAGGACAAAGCGGGCGGUGGCUCCUCGCUGGCCGACAUCAAGCAGCACCGGACGGGAUGCGCACGCACCGAGGGCUACUACAAGAUCGAUCCGCGCGAGAAGGCCAAGUACAAGUACCACCACCUGAAGGGGACGGCGGCCGCAAACCACCUGAGCAACCUGGAGCUGGCGAAGGCGGUCGCCAAAAUGCAGGGCAUCUCGCGCGAAGCCCGCUCAAACCAGCGCCGGCUGCUGAACGCGUUCGGAGCGAGCACCGAGUCGGAGCUGCUCAAGUUCAACCAGCUCAAGUUCCGCAAGAAGCAGCUCAAGUUCGCCAAAUCGGCCAUCCACGAUUGGGGUCUGUUCGCGAUGGAACCGAUCGCCGCCGACGAGAUGGUGAUCGAGUACGUCGGCCAGAUGGUGCGCCCGUCGGUGGCCGACUUGCGCGAGACCAAGUACGAGGCGAUCGGCAUCGGCAGCUCGUACCUGUUCCGCAUCGAUAUGGAGACGAUCAUUGAUGCGACCAAAUGUGGCAAUUUGGCGCGAUUCAUCAACCACAGCUGUAAUCCCAACUGUUACGCUAAGGUUAUCACGAUCGAGUCGGAGAAGAAAAUCGUCAUCUAUUCGAAGCAACCGAUCGGCGUGAACGAGGAGAUCACGUACGAUUACAAGUUUCCGCUGGAGGACGAAAAGAUUCCCUGUCUGUGCGGUGCUCCCGGGUGCCGAGGCACGCUCAACUAAACACCGCACACACAACACACACAUACACUUUCCGAGGACGAACCUUCUCUUCAUCUGUACAUAUUCGUGCUUGUAUAUAUAUUUGUUCCAUUAGAAAAAAUGCUCAACAGCGCGAGAUCACUCCCGUCUCUUAGAUGAAUAGUUUUCCUUUUUUUAUGGUAGCAGUUGGUCAUAAUUUAAAAUUAUACAACUACUGGCGCCGGCCAGUAGCAUCCUGAUUAACUUCACUACCACCACUGCCACCGCUACCGUUGCGCAGACCUUGGCCCGUCCGAGUGUACUCCUUUCUUUCCUUCCGAGUGUGAUCGUUCUAUCCGCAUCGACGAAUAGUUGUUAGUUUUGUGGUGGUGUAUCGUCAAGAGUCUUUUUUUUUUAGUUGAAUUGUUGUGUUUUGUUCUCAUUGUCCUCGUAGUGCAUAAAUCUUCUUUUGCAAGAGGAAACAAUUCCCCUCCAUUAAGGGGAAAGGGGUGAGCAGGAACCAUCGAAGAUCCCUCUGUGGCCGGAGACCACCCCAUCCGUUGCGUACGUUGCGGAAGUCAAAAAAAAGGCAUACAAAUAGGAGAUUUAAUCUUGAUCAAUAGAGCAUAGUCGAUACAGAAAAAAUACACUUUAAUGAAAUACGAAUUAUUAAAAGAAACGAAAAGGAACUCCAAUCGACAGGUUAAAA